CGGGAGUGGGCGCUGCGGAGGGCAGGGGCUUUCGGAAAGGGCAGCCCAGGCAGGCACUGUGGGGCCUGGGCUCGGUGGGAGGAUGUCCCCGAGCGUGGCGACUCCUGCGCGGGCUGCAAGGUCCGUUUGAAUCCCGGGGGACCCGUGAGCGGAGAGUCGGGGGCGCUGACUGCUUGGAUGACGGGUCGCGCAGUGGGGGGUGGCCGGGGGUCGGGGAAGAGUCCUGGGAAUCACUCGGGGAGGGAGGCAGGCCGGGAGCGGGCGGCAGAGCGGCGGCAGAAGAUGUGCGCGCGGAGGCUGUGAAGUGUCAUUCAGGAAGACGCGAGAGCCGCUGCUCAGAGUGGAAAGCGACCGUGCUGGCGGCCGAGGAGAUUGUCUGUGUUGGAAGUACUCCUUUACCAGGGACGAGCCUUCCAUCCACCGCAAGGCGGUUUAAGAAAUUGGAGGACUAUGCAAGCAAUCCUCGGUUGCAGAGGACGGAGGAGUUGCCUGGUUCGCCUUCCUUCCACCGAUCUGCAGACCUGGUGUCACCCAUGUGUUCUUGAGAAGAUCGCCCACCUGCCUGUCUCUCCCUGUUCACUGCACAAGACUGCCCGUUAGCCCAGGGUAGAGCCUGAGGUUUGCUUUUGCAGCAAUGGGAGAGAAUGGGAGGAGGAUGACCGGGAAAGAGCAUAGAGAACGGAUGUGGUUUUGGGAACGCCAUAUUAAAAUCCAACUUCUCCCGGAGGUACAUAUAAAUAAAUCCUGGCUUAUUUCACAG